AUGAAGGUCACAAUCAAGGAAUGGAACGCUGUAGCCGCCUGGCGGUGGGACAUGCCCGACGACGACGUGUGUGGCAUCUGCCGCAACCCGUAUGACAGCACUUGCUCAAAGUGCAAGUACCCGGGCGAUGAUUGUCCUUUGUUGUUGGGCGAGUGCAAUCAUUCCUUCCACAUGCACUGCAUCUUCUCGUGGCUGCGACAAGAGAGUGCGCAGGAGAAAUGCCCCAUGUGCCGACAGCCGUUCAAAAGCAAGAACCAGGAAGCAGCCGCCACCAACCCCCCCGCGCAAGCUGUAGAGCCAACCACGAGCCCCGCCUGA